UCCCUCUGUCCCGCGACAUUCUCUCCUACGAUUUACCAUAACAAUUCUAACAAGAAAUUAGUAAAUGUAAAACCCCUAAACCAAAACCUUUCAUCUCCAAAAAGAAAAGAAAAAAAUUACUACGUAGCAUUUAUAUACAAGUGGAUAGCGAAAAGUUUUUCUUCUUCUUGGGUCACAGAUAACGACCAUUUCAUCCAAAUUCAAAAUGUUAAUUCCUUUUUCCUCUUUUCUUCCUAGACUGGGUUGCUCAAGUUUUCUUCUUUAUUACUCAAUUGGGGUUGCUCAUUGAAUUCGUGAAAUACAUUCCUCUUUUUACGUAUUGAGUUGUUCUCAAUAAAUCUCUCAUCUUUGUCUCUUCCUCUUCCUCAUUUCUUGAAUAACACUAUAGCUCAGAAGUAGCUAAGGAAUUUCAUGGUCAUACUUUUGAACAAGCCAUCAUAUUCAUGGUUUACUGCUUCAAAUGCAGAGGAGAGAAAUGGGGUUGAGUUUGGUUUUUAAUGUUUGAGCUCAAGUGUGAAUAGCAAUUAAUUUGCAGAUACUGGUGGAGAAGUGAUAGAUGGGGAACAAUUGUGUUCAUGCAAAGGAUGGAUUCUUCAGCUCCAUUUGGUGGUCGCGAUCACCGGAUAUGAUCACAUAUAAGAAAAAGGAAAGCAAUUCCCGGACAUCUACUACAGAGAAAGAGCCUGAAGAUCCUAAUUCUGUUCAGAAUAAGCCUCCUGAAAUGGUGAAGAUAGAGAGUAAACAGUCCGAGCAGGUGAUCAUCAUCGUAAAGGAUGAGAUGAAAGAUGCACGGGUGGAAGACAUGAUGAAGAUAAAAGUUGAUUUGAAACCUGCACAAAUGUUGGGGGGAUCUGAAAAGGCUAAGCCGGCAGAGGCUGCAAAAGCGAGGAAGCCUCACAAUGUGAAGAGGAUGGAAAGUGCAGGACUCCAGGUUGAUUCUGUAUUGAAAACCAAAACUGGUCAUCUAAAGGAGUACUAUAAUUUGGGGGAAAAGCUCGGACAUGGCCAAUUUGGUACCACAUUCCUAUGUGUAGAAAAGGCGACAGGAAAGAAGUAUGCUUGUAAAUCUAUUGCAAAAAGGAAGUUGUUGACAGAUGAAGAUGUGGAAGAUGUAAGGAGAGAAAUCCAGAUCAUGCAUCACUUGUCGGGGAAUCCUAACGUCAUUUCAAUCAAAGGGGCUUAUGAGGAUGCUGUGGCAGUUCAUGUCGUGAUGGAAUUAUGUACCGGAGGUGAACUCUUUGAUCGGAUUGUUAAGAGGGGGCAUUACUCCGAGAGACAGGCUGCUGAGCUUUCAAGAACAAUAGUUGGUGUGGUAGAAGCUUGCCACUCUCUUGGAGUCAUGCACCGGGACCUUAAGCCUGAAAAUUUUCUAUUUAUCAAUGAGGACGAGGAUUCACCUCUUAAGACUAUAGAUUUUGGGCUAUCUGUAUUCUUCAAGCCAGGGAAAAUAUUCGAUGAUGUUGUUGGAAGCCCUUAUUAUGUUGCUCCAGAAGUUCUGCGUAAGCGUUAUGGUCCAGAGGCUGAUAUCUGGAGUGCAGGUGUUAUAAUUUACAUUCUUCUAAGCGGCGUUCCUCCAUUUUGGGGUGAAAGUGAGCAGGAAAUAUUUGAUGAGGUUUUACAUGGUGAUAUAGACUUCGAAUUGGAUCCUUGGCCUAAAAUCUCUCAAGGUGCAAAGGACUUGGUUCGGAGAAUGCUUGUCAGAGACCCCAGAAAGCGACUAACAGCACAUGAAGUUUUAUGUCAUCCUUGGGUGCAGAUUGAUGGUGUGGCCCCAGAUAAGCCUCUCGAUUCUGCAAUAUUUACUCGUUUAACACAGUUUUCUGCUAUGAACAAGUUGAAGAAAAUGGCUAUCAGGGUUAUUGCAGAGAAACUUUCUGAAGAGGAAAUCGCUGGCUUGAAAGAGAUGUUCAAAAUGAUUGACACAGAUAACAGUGGCCAAAUUACUUUCGAUGAACUAAAGAUUGGAUUAAAGAAAUUUGGAGCUAAUCUUAAUGAAUCAGAGAUACACGAUUUGAUGAAGGCUGCAGACAUUGACAAUAGUGGAACGAUUGACUAUGGGGAGUUUGUAGCUGCAAUGUUGCACGCCAACAAAAUCGAGAAGGAAGAUUAUUUGUUUGCAGCCUUUUCAUAUUUCGACAAAGAUGGGAGUGGUUAUAUUACAGCUGAUGAGCUUCAAAAGGCUUGUGAAGAAUUCGGCAUUGAGGAUGUUCACUUGGAAGAAAUGAUUCAAGAAGCUGACCAAGACAAUGAUGGUCGGAUAGAUUACAAUGAGUUUGUGGCCAUGAUGCACAAAGGAAAUGCAGACUUGGGUAAGAAACGGUUGCCAAAUAAUUUUAACAUCGGAUUUAGGGAGGUAUUGGAGGUCUGCUGAUACCUUUUGUAAUUCUUCUUUUCUGUCUUGUAUUCUCCUUGUAAUAAUAUGUAUAGAAGUGUAACAGAUUUAAGUAUCAUUUGAUGCUGGCACAUAUCAAAUGCCAUCUCCCUUUCAUGUAGUCUGGAGCUGUGGCUUAUUUGCUUGCCACUUCAGUGUUUACUCCUAAAGAUAAAGUAUUGAAAUGAAAACUAUAGGAUGUAAUAUAUUUCAAAGGAAGCAAGAUAAUGGUUGUUACCAUUUCUACUUUGCCCUUUUUUAUUUGUUGUUGUAUUGAAUAUCUUCAACAGACUGUACUUUAACCUUCUUUAUACUCCAUUAUCUUAUUUCCCA